AUGACUCAAGAAGUUAAGACUGUAUGUGUGUUUUGUGGAUCCUCAUUUGGUAACAAACCUGAAUACGCCGAAGAAGCCUCGAGGUUAGGUGCAGAAUUAGCCAAGAAAUCAUGGGGAUUGGUUUACGGAGGUGGAUCCACUGGAUUGAUGGGUGCAGUUGCACGCGGGUGCGCUACUAAUGGAGGUUAUGUCCACGGAAUCAUCCCUGAGGCCUUAAUUUCGCGUGAGAGAAGACCCGAUGGUGAUAAAUUGGGAAACCAGGGUGGCGCCACCAGUGGUGAAGUCACUGGAUCUCCAGGGUCUACUUCCGAUGAAGAAGCAUUUAAUGCUAAAUUGAAAGAAUCUAUCGACAAUCACGAUGGCUCAACACCAAUACCUGACUCCAAAGAAUAUGGCAAAACCACAUUGGUCAAGGAUAUGCAUACACGUAAAAAGUUAAUGGGACAGGAAGCAAGUUCAUUUGUUGCAUUGCCAGGGGGGUAUGGAACUAUAGAAGAGUUGAUGGAGGUUGUAACUUGGCAACAAUUGAAUAUUCACAACAAGCCAAUUGUUAUAUUUAACAUGGAUGGAUUUUAUGAUAAUUUUUUACAAUUCAUCAAAGAUGCUAUUAAAAAUGAAUUUGUUUCUGCUAAAAAUGGCGAGAUUAUUAAAGUUGCCCACACCGUGGAGGAAGUCUUACUGGCUAUUGAGAAUUAUACAGUUCCUGAGGGGAGAUUCAACUUAAACUGGGAAAGCACUUAA